AGAAGGUGUGAGCGAUUAGAAGGCCAAGCAACUGAUCAGCUGAGAUCUUUGUUAGAGCUGAGUCAUGGGUUUCUCCAGAAAAUGCUUGGCGGUUGGGCUUCUUUUCUCGAGCAUUGUCUUGCAUUUGAGUGCGACUGCACUUGGAGAAAAGCUUGACGAUAAUAGAUUUGGUGAUGUUUGUGGCUUCGGGGGCCGCCGGGGCUGUGGAAGCCGCUUUGGUCGUGAACGUGGAGGAGGCUUUGGUGGUGGUGGUGGAGGUGGUGGUGCCGGUGGUGGGUCAGGGCAUGGUGGGGGCUUUGGUGCUGGAGGUGGUGUAGGAGGUGGGGCUGGUACUGGUGGUGGUGCUGGAGGUGGAGGAGGCUUUGGUGGUGGUGGAGGUGGUGGUACCGGUGGAGGGUCAGGUCAUGGUGGAGGCUUUGGAGCUGGAGGGGGUGCUGGUGGUGGAGUUGGCACGGGAGGAGGAGUAGGUGGAGGUGGAGGUUUUGGUGGCGGCGGUGGUGGUGGAGCGGAUGGUGGGUCAGGUCAUGGUGGAGGUUUUGGAGCUGGUGGUGGCAUAGGCAGUGGUGCUGGAGGUGGGGUUGGUGGAGGAGGUGGUGGAGGUGGAGGUGCUGGUGGUGGUGGAGGCUCAGGUAAAGGUGGGGGCUUUGGUGCAGGUGGAGGUGUAGGUGCAGGUGGUGGAGCUGGUGGAGGCAUUGGACAAGGCGGCGGCGGUGGUCACGGGAUCGGUGGAGGGAUUGGAAUAGGAAUUGGGGUUGGUGUUGGAGUUGGAGUCGGAGUCGGAGCCGGUGGUGGUGGAGGUCAUUAA